UGGCUGUUGUGCAGGCGCCUACCGCCACGGCGACGAGGAUCGCGGGCUCAGCAACAGCGCUGCCUGCCAACGCGCGCGCUGGCACGACGAGUCGCUCUCGCGCGCUGGGAGACACCAGGCGGCGGUUGCAGGCCCACGCACCCAUGUGUGCACUGUUUUGUGCCGCCAGCGAUCGGCGCUGCUAAGGGCAGAUGGGCCAAUGGCCCUGGUGACACGAGCCAAGCUGGGAAUGCCCCUUACAAUCUGCACUCCGUGCGCGCCUCCCGCUUGGGCGGCGCAUUUCAAAACGCAGCCUUGCCCUCCUCGGGCUCCCUUUUCCUCGUUGCAGCGUCAUUCCCUCAUUGUCUACUCACCUACUAACCCAGUCACUCUUUACAGAUCGAACAUACAGGUGCGUCUGGCAACGCCCGCACACUCCUUGCAGCUUUUCCAGCUCCCAUUCCUGUCCAUAUUACCACUUCGAAUCCCGCCAUGUACUCGUUCGCCCUCUCCGCCGCCGCGCUCCUCGCGAGCACCCUGCUCCCCACCGCGUUGGCCCAAACCCACACGGCAUGCAACCCGCUGAACACGACGGGCUGUCCUGAUAUGGCUGCGCUCGGCGGCAACUCCACCUUCGACUUCACCAAGGACUGGAAUCCAGACGUCUGGGUGCAGAUGAACCAAGGCUCCGUAGAACACAUUGACAACCAUACCGACUUCAUUGUCCAGUUCCAGGGAGACUCGCCGACCGUCUUGUCCUCGUUCUACAUCUUCUUCGGCCGUGUUGAGAUUGUGAUGAAGGCCGCUCCGGGCCAAGGCAUCGUGUCCAGCGCCAUCUUGCAGUCUGAGUGCUUGGACGAGAUCGACUGGGAGUUCCUCGGGACCAACACCACACACGCUCUCACCAACUACUUCGGCAAGGGCAACACGACCGACUACACACGCGGCAAAGACUUCAGGAUGAAGAGCGCGCCUCAGGACGACUACCACAACUACACCAUUGACUGGACCAAGGAGCGCAUCCAAUGGUACAUUGACGAUGAGAUGGUCCGCGAGCUCAAGUACGCGGACGCUUUGGGCGGUAAAAACUACCCCCAGACGCCGAUGAAUGUUCGCCUGGGUGCCUGGUCUGGCGGCGACGUCGACAACAACAACAAAUACACCGUAGAAUGGGCUGGUGGUCCCACCGACUUCAAAAAGGCUCCCUUCACCAUGUCCGUACAGACCGUCUACGUUCAGGACUACACCACUGCCAAAGAGUACAAUUGGGAUGACAUGGAUGCCUCGGGUGACUGGCAGAAGGUCGGUGUCGUCAAGCUAGCGGACAACGAGAAGUCGGCUACUCUGCAAGAGAUCGAGAAGCCGCAUGGUGUCAAGAACCGCUGGGGCGCGCUCUCCCAGACUGCCAAGAUUGCCAUCAUCGCUUCCAUCGCCGGAGUCGUCGCCAUAAUCGCAGCCGUCAUCCUCUUCUGCUGCAUCAAGCAGCGCCGUGCCGGCCGCAGGGAAUAUGCCGCCUACCAGGCCAACCUGGACAAGGAGGCUACCGACCUCAUCCAGCACAAGGAGCAGUGGCAAUCCUCGCAUGCUGCCUCCCGCUCGAGCAGAUACGCGCGUAUAUAAGCCAUUGUACAGCGUCCAAGGCACGUGCAGUCGUGUGGCUGGAGUAGGGGCCGAGAGAAUCCACGCGACGAGACUGGCCCCAGGUGUCGGUCCCGAUGGACCCUGCACCGUGGUGCAGGGGUGGCGUCAUUAGAGCAGAAAGUGAUAGCGAUGGUGUUGGUUGGCAUCUGAGUUGCUUUGCUAUAUUUUGGUUCACGUCCGUUCAUGACACUUCGAGAGAUACCCUCGUGAUUUGAGGUUAGGGUGGGCAGUAUAUUUCCGCUAAUUCCGCGUAAGGCUUGAUGCCGCGCCUUGGAAGAUGGAUAUGUUCGGGUCUACUACUACAGAACACAAUUUUCAUUAAGUCGUACCAAAUCCAUGUUUCUGUGCAUAGUCAUGAUCGACAGAGGGAUGAUGCUGCAACGGAACGGGAACGACGCGAGCAUGGACGCUGUGGCGCAAGGGUGUG